GACAAACUACCAACGAAUGAACACUGUCGCGAAACAGCUAUUGGUUCCUCAGUGUUGACGCUCAAAAAAGUGAAAAUCGGAUUUAAAAAAAUCGCAAGCAAAUUUAUAGGGACCUAUGAUCUAUAUUUGUUCAGUCUCACUACAGCACUUUGACACCUCAAGUAAUAUAUAAUGAGAUCAUAUCCAGGUUACCGCCUUUCUCGAUCCGGGCUAACGGUUGCGCUGCGACCAAUUGCGUCGAAUAUCGCCAGUCAAUAGGAAGUAAUAAUAGUCAACCGCCAUGUUGCUAUCAGCGCUGCUGCUCUCCACACUCUGCUUUGCCUCAUCAGUGUCAGCAGCCUUCGGUUUCACCAAGUCAGGCAGCAAUUAUGUUAUCGACGCCGGAUCUUCUGAGCCCUUAAUCUUUACCGUCAGCGGCACCAGUUGCGAUAUCACGUCAAUCAAGUACCGCAACGUGGAGCUCCAGGGUCGGAGCAAAGGCUCUCAUAUUUCUUCUGGGCUCGGUACCGCAACUGUCAGCGCGACACAAGUCAACGGAAAGUAUGUCAAGGUGACAUGCGCAACUUCGACCCUCACCCAUUACCUGGUGGCGAAGAGCGGUGAUUCCACCAUCUACAUGGCUACUUAUAUCACGGCGGAACCAAGCAUAGGCGAGCUACGAUUUAUUGCUCGUUUACAAUCAUCAAGAUUGCCUAACGAGUAUCCGUACGGUGCCGUGUCAACAACUGCAGGCUCAAGCUCUACCGUCGAAGGCUCUGACGUCUUUCUUGUCAACGGUCAGACACGCUCGAAGUUCUACUCAAGUACUAGGUUCAUCGACAAGGAUGCGCAGUGCGUGUACGGCGGCUCAGACGAGAUCCAUGUUUGUAUGCUUACCCCGCAACCUGAGUCUUCAUCUGGCGGUCCAUUCUUCCGCGAUAUCGAGACCAACAAUGGCGGCGACGACACAAAUCUCUACUGGUAUAUGAACAGUGGCCACGUCAAGACCGAGGAAUGGCGGACGAAUAAUAUCCUGCAUGGGCCUUACAUGAUGGUUUUCUCAAGGUCCGGUGUCCCCUCGAUCAAGAACGUCGACAUCUCUUUCUUCUCCGAACUCGACGUCAAGGGUUUCGUGCCGAAUUCGUCGCGUGGUUAUGUAUCGGGAACUGUCUCGGGUGUUCCUAGUAAUCUUCAAGCCGUCGUGCACUGGUACAACUCAGCGGCACAGUACUGGACAAUCGCGUCUUCGAACGGCGCUUUCAAGUCCCCGGCAAUGAAAGCCGGAUCUUACACGAUGGUUCUCUACCAAGGCGAAUACAAGGUCGCAACUACGACAGGCGUGAGCGUUAGCGCGGGUGGAACGACAUCGAAGAACAUCGCUAGUACGAUGACGAGUCGCAACUCGCUGUGGAAGAUUGGCGAGUACGACGGGCAGCCGACGGGGUUCCUCAACGCCGACAAGUUUUUGAGGAUGCAUCCGUCUGACAGCCGGAUGACUUCCUGGAAACCCGUCACGUACACCGUCGGUUCCUCGUCGGUUGAGCAGUUCCCAAUGGCCCUCUUCCAGAACGUGAAUAACCCUGUAACUAUCAAGUUCAACCUCGCAUCUGCCCCUGGUGCGGCAACACUGUGCAUCGCCACUACCUUGUCCUUCUCCGGCUCUCGGCCACAGGCGAAAGUAAAUUCCUGGACUGGCCCUAGUCCCGCAGCACCUACUAAGAUUGAUAGUCGUGGGGUUACACGUGGCGCCUACCGCGGGUAUGGCGAGGUGUAUGAUGUUAAUAUUCCCUCGGGAACUCUGGUGACUGGCUCCAAUACCAUUACUAUCAGUUCUAUCUCUGGAAGCAGUAGUACCAGCCCCUUCCUCAAUCCGAACCUUAUCUUUGACUGCGUUGAGCUCUUCACCUAAGCAGGUGAAAACAACCAACAAGAGUGGAUGUCACCAGAGCAUAUACCAAUUUGAUCUAUCUGGGUAGAACUACUCAUCUCUUAGAUAUGUUAUAACAGUUAGCCAUCUCGGCGAUGAAUACAAUGCACUAUAGUUAUUCAGACUAAACCCAUCACCAAAUAAUCCUUACUCAGGCUGGUAUAACGGU